AUGGGGAAAAUGGCUCACGGCGGAGGCUUCCGGAAGACCCGUAGACUUGUAGGUAGAGAUAGACCUGAUGACCAGGAUGCUGCUGAUGUUCCCGAGAGGCGUAGGCCUACUGCCUCAGCCCAUAGGCUACGGGUUCAUCAGAUGACUGCGGAGGGACGUGAUAUGGCUGAGGACGUUGCUGACAUGACUGACGAUGUCCCUGAGCUGGCUACGGAGGCACCUGAGAUGCGUGCGGACGUACAUGGUGCUGAUGGUGGUGAGGGGUCAGAUGCUGAUGAUGCUGCUGAGGGAUUCCCUGGUGGGCCACGUGACCCUUUCCAUGCUCUUUCUACGGAGGAGGCUAGAUUUUUGCUGACAGAGUUGCUCGAGGUGUCUGCCGAGGAGGCCAGGGCCGAGACAACACUCACACAUGGGGCAUAUGUACGACUAGGAUGGGUUCGAGACAUUUAUGAGACGAGAUGUCAGGCCUGGCGGUGGAUUGUCGCAGCUCGCGCUUAUCUGCUGCACCUUGUCGAUUGCACUCUUUUUGCUAAUAAGAGUGCAACAUACGUGCAUGUGGUUCACCUUGACGCUUUCCGGGACCUCGCUCAGAGUGGUGGUUACGCUUGGGGAGUUGCCGCGUUGGUUAAUAUAUGUGUCCUGGUUGCCGUACACGGAGCAUCGAGGGUUAGAGCCUUUCAGGAGAUUUCAUCUUUCCAGGGUCAGCUGAGAUGGGGUCCUAUGGUGGUCACAGCUCGAUCGGAGAGGGUGGUACGCCAGUUUGGUUACAUCCAGAGCAUCCCUCCGCCGCCUAUUAGGGCACGAUUGUCACACGAUCAGAUAGAUGACAGGUGGAUGCAGUUUGCGGAGCACUUACUACCUGCGGGUCAGCUUUGUCUAGUGCCUGGGCAGGUAUCUGCGGAUUACAUGGAGUGGUUUUUCCGCAUAUCUCACCCAUUCAUGAUACAGAUCCAGGCAGAUGACCAGCCGAGAGAUGCACUAGCUGCAGACCCUGAGGACUACAUACAGCCGCCCAGCCCCCAGGUUCCAGUAGCAUUUGACCCCCCUCCACAUGUGGAUGAUUACGACGGAUAUGAGGCGAUUGCACAGAAGUUGGAGCGUGUGCUCGACCUUAGGAUGGUCACUGCAGGCAUAGAGUUAUAUGACAUUAUGCAAGACUGCCUAACGAUCGUGAGAGGGGGACCCAGUGUUGAUGGGACUGUCAGGGCUUGUCAAAGACGCCGCAUGGACCAUUGA